AUGGUGACAACAAGCUCGGUAGCUGCACAUGUUCAAGAUCAAGUAGUAGAGGACCAUGCAAAGGUUGGCCAAGAAGCUCAUGAUGAUGACCAACAGAAGCAACUUAAUGCCGGUGCUCUUUUUGUUCUUAAAUCCAAGGGAUCAUGGGUACACUGUGCUUAUCACUUGACAACUUCAAUCGUUGGUCCAGAUCUUCUAAGUCUGCCAUAUGCUUUUGCCUUCCUCGGAUGGACGACUGGGAUUUUCUGUUUGGUUAUUGGAGCAUCAGUAACUUUCUAUUCCUACAAUUUAAUCUCUCUAGUUCUUGAACACUAUGCUCAAUUGGGUCAUCGCCAUUUCCGAUUCAGAGACCUUGCUCACGACAUUCUAGGGCCGAAAUGGUGUUGGUAUUUUGUUGGACCAAUUCAGUUUCUGGUAUGCUAUGGUGCUGUUGUUGCCUCUAUUCUUUUGGGAGGACAAUGCAUGAAGUCAAUUUACUUGCUAUCAAGCCCAAAUGGGAGUAUGAAGCUUUAUGAGUUUGUAAUCAUAUUUGGAUGCUUGAUGCUGGUUUUGGCCCAAAUCCCAUCUUUUCACUCACUCAGGCACAUUAACCUUGUGUCCAUGCUUCUUGGCCUAGCCUAUAGCGUUUGUGCCACUGCUGCUUGCAUCUACAUUGGAAAUUCUUCCAAAGGGUCCCAAAAGGACUAUUCCUUGAAGAGCAGCACUGUAAGUCGCGUUUUUGGGAUCUUUAAUGCUAAUGCCAUCAUUGCUACAAUAUAUGGCAAUGGCAUUAUUCCAGAAAUUCAGGCAACGGUAGCAGCACCAGUGAAGGGAAAGAUGUUUAAGGGACUAUCUGUUUGUUAUGCUGUUGUGACGACGACUUCCUUCAGUGUUGCUAUCUCUGGUUAUUGGGCAUUUGGAAACAAAGCUGAAGGCCUCAUCCUUAGCAACUUCUUGGAUGAUGGCAAGCCUUUGAUCCCAAAGUGGCUCAUUUUCAUGACCAACGUUUUCACCAUGUUCCAACUUUCAGCUGUGGGUGUGGUAUAUCUGCAGCCCACAAAUGAAGUGCUAGAGACAACAUUUGCAGACCCAACAAGAAACGAGUUGUCUGCUCGCAAUGUGAUCCCGAGGUUAAUCUCCCGUUCACUGUCUGUCAUGUUAGCAACAGCCAUAGCAGCAAUGCUUCCAUUUUUUGGGGAUAUCAAUUCAGUGAUUGGGGCAUUUGGUUUUAUCCCUCUUGACUUCGUUUUGCCUGCUGUUCUCUUCAACUUGACAUUUAAGCCAUCGAAACGAAGCCCCAUUUACUGGUUGAACAUCACAAUUGCUGUGGUAUUCUCAGUCUUGGGAAUUAUAGGUGCAGUUGCAGCUAUAAGACAAAUAAGCCUCGAUGCCAAAACUUAUAAGUUAUUUGCUAAUGUAUGACCCAGAUGUGUCUGGGUAGUAUUUCUCGUCUUCUCAUCCUUGUAGUCAUAAUACUGCUACUCUUUCCAGCCUGCAUGUAAUGUACGUAUUCCAUUUGUUCAUGUCUUAUUCUACUCGC